AUGGAUAUUUUAGCAAAUAAUUCAAAUAAUAUCAUAUAGAAAUCUUCAUUGUAUGAUUAAUAACCAUUUUUAUAAAAGUGUUAAUAGCAUCCCGCAUACCCUAUCUAAUUUAUUUGUACUGAUACAACACAAUAAUGCGUUUUUAAAUGCAUUUUUUGCAUAGUUGAAAAUUCAAUUUAAUCAAAUAAACUUAUUCUACUAAAUGAAGCUAUUGAAAAUGAUUAGAAAACAGUGUUUCCUAACUGGCCUAUUUAUGAUGAUCAAACCAUCAGCCAAAAAAUCAAAGAAAUUUCUUUGAAACAGCCAAAUCAGCUUGAGUUAAAAGAGUAAAUUAAAUCUUACUUCAAAGAAUUAUUAUCAAAAGUAGUAAUAAAAAUAGAAUAAAUGUAGGAUAAGAUGCUUAAAAAAGCUGAUACUAUUUAGGAUUUAAAUGCAAGCAUAAUAGAACUUUAUAAUAAUUUAAGCUAAAAAUAAUCUAUCAAAUAAGAAAUAAUGAAUAAUUAGACUAGUCCUGAAUAGAAAAAUGAUAAACUUAAAGAAAUAAUUUCAAAAGUGAACUCUAAUCUAGAUUAAAAUAAAUAAUUAAUUCUAACUAAAUUGAAUUAAAUAAAAGAUUAAUAAAAUUCAAUAAACUUGGAAUAACCUUCUCUAAUUAAAGAUCACAUAUUAACUAUAUUAGAGAGAAUUGAUUUUGUUCCUUCUAGAGAUCUAGACUAAAUUCUUUAAUAAUAAAAUCAGAUCUUGAAUGAUCUAGAAAAAUAAAGUGAUAAUGUUAGUAAAAUAAUUAGCCUAGUUAGUAAUAAAAUAAAUAAUUGUUCAUAAAAAUUUGUUAAAAAUGUUUAAUAAUAACUAAAUAAAUGCUCUCACAUACUGAAUAAAGCUGAUUUAGGGAAUAUGUACGAAAGUAAAGAAUCUAUUCCUCCAAACUUUAAUAAUUUAAAUGAAAAUCAAUUAAAGGAGUUAUUUAAUGUUACCAAAUAAUAUAUAAAAUAUAACUAGAAUUAAUAAUAUAAUUAAUAAAAAUCCUUUAAUAAAGAUUUUGUUAUUUAAUUAAUAACUAAACAUUUUAAUUUCUAUUGUCCUGAAUUUUUAAUUAAUUUAGAAAAGGUUUUAAGUGGAAUAAACUAAUACCUAAACAGCUUCACUUACGAUAAAGUUAUUCUUAGUGACGAAGAAAUAUAAAUCUUCAAGCCUACUAAUUUUUGUCAAAGCAAACAAGCAAAAAUAGGAAUUAAUAAAUCAUAUUAACCAUAUUUUGAAUUUCCAUAUGAUUAAAUUGGAAAUAUUAUUUUUAAAUAAAUAAUAGAUAAUAGCAAAGUUUAUAUUUUUAGAUUUAAACUUAAUAAAAACUUUUGCAUUAGCGAUGGUUAUUUAAGAAUUGGAAUUAUACCAAGUGAUAAAGUAAGUAAAAAUUUAAUUAAUCAAGAUAAUAAAAACGGUUAUUAUUCUUGGAAUGAUUCAAAGCAUGAAGUUGUUAAAGGAGUUAGCUUAAAUUAAAACGGAGAAUCAAAUUAAUUUGAAGAAUUAGAAUUUAGAUUUUGUCUUUCUAAAUAAUUAUUUUAUUUUUCAGAUUAUCCAAAUUAUAAAAACAUAAAUAUGAUUAAUUAAAGCAUAAUUGACAUAGAUAAUAAAUAUAAUUUUGGAAUAUCAUUUGAAAACAUGGGAAUGAAUUUAAAAUUAGAAAACACUUACUUUUUAAUGGAAGAUUUUCAAAGUAUUGAAUAAAUUACUAAAUUUUGA